UUCGCCUCGACACUCGGUUUAAUGUACCCACCAUCACACAGACAGCAUUUAUAACGCAGUUACUACCUGUCGCAUGAUUUUUUUGUCCGUGAGUAGUUUAAGUGAAGCCGAGCAGGCAGAGCUGCACAGCUGAUGAUGUUCUGCUCACUAUUAGCUUAGCAGGCUAACGUUAGCUCAGCCACGUAAACAAUGGAAAGCAGGGAGACAUACCUUAAUGUUUCUAACUCAACUUUAUAUGACCCGCUAUAAGGAAAGCUAACUAACCGCUGCCUGAAGUGCUUUCUUUGGAUAGAAGAGGAGACUGUCUGUCUACACCUGCAUCAUGCCAGUAGACGGUUCAGAGGACCAAGUGCCCUCCUCCCUCUCCAGCCCAGCUAGUGCUGCUCUUACCCCGGGAGGGACAGAGGAGGAUGGAGCUGCUGGGGGAUCAGCAGUUUGCUCUCAGGGCUCUGAGGCUGCUGCAGCCUAUCCAACCAACACUGGACCUGGGGAGGGCAACAGCGGUGUCAAGAAGUCUGGAGCCAUGCUGCAGAUCGACCGCCAGCGCAUCCAAGCAGCAUCUGCCAGCUCUGGGGCUGAUGAACUGCAGGGUCUUGGUGUGGCUGUCUACGACCAGGAUGUCCUGGAGCAAGGUGUCCUGCUGCAAGUGGACGAGGCAAUCCAGGAGGCCAGUCAGGCUGCUGCUAAAGCUGAGGCAGAGAAGGAGUACCAGUCUGUGCUAGAUGAUGUCAGGUCUGUUACAGCAUCUCUGAAGCAUAUCAACAAGAUCAUUGAGCAGCUGUCCCCAUAUGCUGCCUCAAGUAAAGACAUCUGUAGGAAGAUCGAAUCUGUCAAAAGACAGAAAGAGAAUAAGGAGAAACAGCUCAAGAAAGUUAGAGCUAAACAGAAGCGACUUCAGGCCAUUCUGGGAGGAGAGGACACACAAAGGGUGGAAGCUGAGCUUUUGGCAGAGGAUGAUGGAGAGGAAGAGGCCGGGCCGUCGACGCUGGGCAGCAUGCUCAUGCCAGCUCAGGAGACAGAAUGGGAGGAGCUUAUCCGGACAGGACAAAUGACUCCUUUUGGAACGCGAAUCCCGCAGAAGGAGGUUAAGAAGGAACCUCGAAAACUGAUGCUUGCUGAGGACUCAGCCUUUGAUCAGUACUUGGCUGACCAAGCCAAGUUGGCCACUGAGAGGAAGAGAGUACCUCUUCUGAAGAAGAGGAGCUCUGGACUGAGUCCUGAUGGGAAGGCCAAAGGAAAAACAAACAGAAUUGGUUCCUCUUCCAAGGAUAAAAAAAUGCAAAAGCGCAUGCGAAAGCUCCAAAUAACUGCUCUGAAGGCCCAUCCUAAGGCUCGACCCAAGACUGAGCCACAGCUCCCUAAGCCAAAGAGGAAGCGUCACGCUGAGGGAGAGGAGACAGACAGCGAGGGCUCUGAGUACCUGCCCAGUGAUGAAGGCAUAAAUCCUGAACAAGAGGAAAGAGAAGCCAUGGAGGAGGGCUUUGGGGAGGAGGAUGAUGAGGAGUAUGAGUUGAAACCAUACAAGAGAAAGACUGAAAGAAAGGGGAGGAAGAAAGUAAAGAAAAAGGAGGAGAGUGAGGAAGAAUACUGCCCUGAGAGUUCAGACGAAGAGGAGGAUGUGAAGAGCAAAAAGAAAAACUUCAAAGAUGAUGGAGAUGUGGAGUACUACAGACAACGAAUAAGGAGAUGGAAGCGACAGCGGCUUCGAGAAAGGGAAGAGAGGAGGGAAAGAGGCGAAGAGCUCACAGAUGACAGUGAUGCGGAGUUUGACGAAGGCUUCAAAGUGCCUGGUUUCCUGUGGAAAAAACUGUACAAGUACCAGCAGACAGGUGUACGGUGGAUGUGGGAACUCCACUGUCAGCAAGCAGGCGGCAUCCUGGGAGACGAGAUGGGAUUGGGUAAAACCAUCCAGAUCAUCAGCUUUCUGGCUGGACUGAGCUACAGCAAACUGAGGACCAGAGGAUCCAACUACAGGUAUGCUGGUCUGGGUCCCACAGUCAUUGUGUGUCCGGCUACAGUCAUGCACCAGUGGGUGAAGGAGUUCCAUACCUGGUGGCCUCCUUUCAGAGUGGCUGUUCUGCAUGAAACUGGCUCCUUCACCAGCAACAAGGAAAAACUGAUUCCAGAGAUAGCGGCAUGUCAUGGUAUCCUGAUUACCUCAUAUUCAGCGGUGAGGAACAUGUUGGAUAGCCUGCAACGCUAUGAUUGGCACUAUAUUAUACUGGAUGAGGGACACAAGAUCAGGAAUCCGAAUGCUGGAGUUACCACAGCCUGCAAACAGUUUCGCACUCCCCACAGGUUCAUCCUGUCAGGCUCUCCUAUGCAGAACAAUUUAAAGGAGCUGUGGUCUCUGUUUGACUUUGUCUUCCCCGGCAAACUGGGUACCUUGCCUGUCUUCAUGGAGCAGUUCUCUGUGCCGAUCACCAUGGGAGGAUACAGCAAUGCCUCACCUGUGCAGGUCCAGACGGCAUUUAAGUGCGCAUGUGUGCUGCGGGACACCAUAAAUCCUUACCUCCUCCGAAGAAUGAAGGCAGACGUCAAGGCCAACCUCUCCUUACCUGACAAAAAUGAACAGGUUUUGUUUUGUAGAUUAACAGAGGAACAGCGGGAGGUGUAUCAGAGCUUCUUAGAUUCCAAAGAGGUCUACCAGAUACUUAACGGGGACAUGCAGGUAUUCUCAGGUUUGAUAGCGCUGCGUAAGAUCUGUAACCACCCGGACCUUUUCUCGGGUGGCCCCCGGAUGUUGAGGGGAAUCCCAGAGGACCAACUGACUGAAGAGGAACACUUCGGCUAUUGGAAACGAUCAGGCAAGCUGAUGGUUGUGGAGUCACUGCUGCGUCUCUGGUUCAAACAAGGCCACAGAGUCCUCCUCUUCACGCAGUCUAGACAGAUGUUGGACAUCUUGGAGGUGUUUGUGAGAGAGAAUAACUACACAUACCUAAAAAUGGAUGGCACUACCACAAUAGCCUCCCGACAGCCCCUCAUCGCUCGCUACAACGAGGAAAAAUCCAUUUUUAUCUUCUUGUUGACCACUAAAGUUGGAGGCCUGGGAGUCAAUCUGACUGGAGCCAAUAGAGUCAUCAUCUAUGACCCAGACUGGAACCCCAGUACCGACACACAGGCACGGGAGCGGGCAUGGAGGAUUGGUCAGAAGCAGCAAGUGACGAUCUACAGACUGCUGACUGCAGGAACCAUCGAGGAGAAAAUCUACCACAGGCAAAUUUUCAAACAGUUCCUGACCAACCGUGUAUUAAAGGACCCCAAACAAAGACGGUUUUUUAAGUCUAACGACAUCUAUGAGCUCUUCACUCUGUCUGACCCAAAUGGAGCUGAAGGAACAGAGACCAGUGCCAUAUUUGCAGGUACAGGCUCUGAUGUCAAGGCACCCAAGAAACCUGCUAGACCAAGGCCAUCAAACACUGUAAACCACAGCGGCCAAACACUCAAACACUCCACAGCCAACCAGAACGAAACAUCUGCAGACAACAGACAUUCCUCAACAAACAUUCCCGCAUUAAGAGAUGGAAACGCCUCGCCUUGCAGUAAAAACUCUCAGGGUAAACCAGCUGUUCCAACGGUUAUUCAAAGCACCAACCGACAUGGCGCGGAUAUAGAGCCAAAUAUAUCAGCAAAUACACAACAUGCAGGACAAAAUAACAGAGACUGGGGUGGAGUGAAACCAGCAGUCAAAACCUCAAACACACCCAGUUCUCACCAAAACAGAGACAAAGACUCUGCCCUGACCAGCCCACAGAAACACAGGGAAAAGAGGAAGCACUGCGACUCAGCUGACUCAGAUAGACACAAACAUAAGAAACGUAAACACUCCAGGGAUGCUCAUUUCGAGGGCCAGCGCAUCUCUCACUUGGUGAAGAAAAGGGACUACAAGAAAGCGGAGAGUGAAGACGAGGCCGGGGACCAGAAGAAAUCAGACGAUUAUGUUUUGGCAAAGCUCUUCAAGAAAUCUGGUAUCCACAGCGUGAUGCAGCAUGACACCAUCAUGGAGUCCUCUAAUCCUGACUAUGUUCUGGUGGAGGCAGAAGCAAACAGAGUGGCCAAAGAUGCCCUGAAAGCCCUUAAAGUUUCUCGUCAGCAGUGCAGGCUUGCCUUCAAUAGAGCUCCUCCACCACCUGCAAGGAAACGGUUUGGACAGAAGAAGAAUUCUCUCCUGGUUACACCUUCUGUUCAGUCAGUCCCUACUCCGAACAAAUGCAAGGAUGCUGCUAUUGUAAAUAAGCCUAUAUCAAAGAAGCCUGGUUCAGGGGCUCAUUUCAGCGGGGAGGGAGCAGAAACUGACUCCAGCUCCGCCCCCCUCUCCUCCUCCUCCCUGCUGGCUACGAUGAGAGCCCGUAAUCACCUCAGCUUGCCCUCCAGCCAAAGAGAAGAAGAGGAGGAAGAGGCUGGCUCCCCCCCAGCUCCACCCACCGAGCACGAUGAGCUGUUGGUGGAUCUGCGUAACUUUGUAGCGUUCCAGGCGCAUGUGGACGGACAGGCCAGCACACAUGAAGUGCUGGAGUACUUCAAACCGAGGCUGACCCAGGAACAGGCGCCGGUCUUCAGAGAGCUGCUCAGGAGUGUCUGUGACUUUCAUAGAACCUCCGGUCAGGAGGGGAUCUGGAGACUGAAGGAGCGCUUUCGCUGAAUGAAAGCAGAGGGUUAACUGAUCUUUGAUGAAUCUUUGAGUCCUUGUUAGCUAUGAGUCUGUAGAUUCAAACCCACAAUAUAUUUUUGUUGUUUUGUUUGUUUGUUUUUUUUGUUACCUUUUGCCAAAUGAGAUGUGUUUUCUCACAAUAAUUUGUCAGCCACACUGGAGCAAAAUGGGUAAUUUUCACAUCAUUACAGUGUUUUAUUGAAGGACCAUAUUGUUGGAGUCAUUUUACAGAACAGCGGGUUGGCUGAUAAACUCAGAUUAUUAGUUAAUCAGCAGUUAACUAAGUCUUGAAGAGAAAAAUUGUUACAAUGUCAUAUUUAUUUCACCUGCAUGUGAGUUGGGUUUAUUUUUGUGCUUGUCCAAGCACUUUUUGCAAUUACUUGUGUUUCUGUUUCUGUUUGUACCUGGUUAUACUUGAAUUUACUUGUUUCAUAUUUACCUGAAAGUUAAAACUGUAUUAGCCUGAGUAAUAAUUUACACAGAGAUACGUGUCUACCUUAACUGCCUCACUGGUAACAGAUUUUGUAAUGUGAUUCUGUAAAAUAAAAUUUGGGGAGUAGUAUGUCAUUUUGUAAAAAAUAAAAUCAACAUAGACUUUGGUAGAUUUUGUAAUGACUGACAUUUCUUUUAUGGACAAAUAUGCAGAUGGUGGGGAGAGGGACUUUAAAUGUUAUUGAACUGACCUAAUGUACCUCCAAUUGCUUAUGAAAUAUUGGCAAAAGCUGAGUCAUUUAGCUGUCAUGUUUCAUAUUUUUUUCAUAUUUAAAGUACACUGUGCUGUUUUGCAUACAUUGUAUGCAAUAAACCUCUGUAACUA